GCAAAACAAGGCAUUUAUUAUUUCAAAUCACUGAUGGUGUGAAGUCUUUAUGUUUCGUGUUUCAAAUACAUAUAUUGCAUGAUGAAAAUUAAUGCGAAUACCUGCAUAGUAGGUUCUAAAGUCAUUUUGGUUCCAUAUAAGGAAGAGCACGUAGAAAAAUAUCAUUCAUGGAUGCAAAAUGAAGAACUUCUGGAAUUAACAGCAUCAGAGCCUCUAACAUUAGAAGAAGAGUACUUAAUGCAAAAAUCUUGGUUUGAAGAUAGUGAUAAAUGUACCUUCAUAGUUUUGGAUAAAGACAUUUUAGAAAAUACUGGCAAUGAAACUGAUUCCAUGAUUGGAGACGUAAACUUGUAUUUCAAUGAUCAAGAAGAUCCUAGAGCUGCUGAAAUUGAAGUGAUGAUAGCUGAUCCUAUUCAUCGAUCCAAAGGUAAAGGUAAAGAAGCAUUACUUUUCAUGUUACGUUAUGGAGUUGACACACUGAAAGUUACAAAAUUUGUGGCAAAAAUAAAAAUGAAAAAUGAAAGAAGUUUGAAGUUGUUCAUUAGCAUAGGUUUUACUGAGGUACUCUGUGGUAAUAAACUGAAAAAGAAUGACAGAAGUGAUAUUUUUCAAGAAAUAGAACUGAUAUGCAAUGUUACAGAAGGCUGGGAAAAAAAGCUGAUGUCAAAAACUUUUGACUAUGAAAUACAGAACUUAGAAUAUUUAUUUAAAAUUAAAAAGAAAUGAAUUUUUACUUGAAA